ACCGCGCGUUGUUCGUGCCGGCUGUCUGAUGGCUGCCAUCUACAAUAACAUUUGCGGCCACGCAAAAUAGUUCCGUUGUACUCUCUUAACAUAUUUAGUUUUAUUUUAAAGAAAGCGAACCAAACUGUGGUCGGUAUGGAUACGAAGUCGUUCUCCUCGACAAUAGCAAAGUUCUCUGUCAAGUUUUGCAAUGAGCUAAACGGUGAUAAAGAUGUGGUCUCGUCACCGUUGUCAGCGGAAUACUUAUUGGCGCUGAUAGCUUUGGGUUCAACGGAUACUGCACACGAAGAGCUCUUAACAAGCCUCGAUUUUCCAGAUGUCGACACGAUACGCACGCUUUUCACUGCGGCCUCUGCUAAAUUGAAAACUAUUAAGGGUAUUAAUUUAAGUUUAGCAAACAAGAUAUACGUUAAAUCGUGCGAUUGUGAACUCAAUUCGCAACUGAAGAAAGACGCCGUGGACGUGUUUGAUGCGGAAUUGGAGAAAGUCGAUUUCGGAGACAGCGCUGCUGCUGCUAAACUGAUCAACGGCUGGGUCGAAAGUAAAACAAAUGAACGAAUUAAAAAUCUGGUAUCCAAUAGCAGCCUCAAUUCUGACACGCAAAUCGUUCUGAUCAACGCUCUCUACUUUAAGGGUUCAUGGAAAAACCAAUUUAACCCCAAGAGCACCGUGGAGCAUCCGUUCUAUAUUAACAACGAAACAUCUGUGAAAAUUCCCAUGAUGUACCAAGAAGAGAAAUUUAAGUACGACAACAACACUGAGCUCAACGCCCAGAUCUUAGAAAUGGCGUAUGAAGGUAACGAGGCCAGCAUGGUAAUUGUAUUACCGAACGAAAUUGAUGGCCUUGAUCAAGUCCUACGGAAACUAGCCGACGGCUUCGAUCUCAUCGCAGUAUGGGAGAAGCUGAUCUCAACAAAACUACAAGUCAUAAUACCCAAAUUCAAGACUGAAACUGAAAUAGACCUUACGCAUGUUUUCUCAAAGUUGGGCAUUAAUGCGAUCUUCCGUCGCGAAAAUUCUGGUGUGUCGAAGAUCUUGGAUAACAACGAGUCGUUGUAUAUCUCGAAGGCCAUACAAAAAGCCUUCAUUGAAGUGAAUGAAGAAGGAGCCGAAGCGGCUGCUGCCACUCAUAUGGUGUUAAGAAAGCGGCGUGCUCAUUAUCCCGCUCCGAUCGUCCGGGCUGAUCGACCUUUUCUAUAUUUCCUCAUUGGGCCUGAUCACACGAUGCUGUUCGUCGGUCUGUACAAAGGACGUACAUAACUCAGCCUUAUAUUUAGAUGAGCAUCUGUUCCCCGUCCAUUACUUCCGCUUUUAAAGGUAUCCCAGUGUCUUGUCCUUCUACAUAAUAAGAGGUGGUAAUAAUACUUCUGGAGUAUUUAUUUGGUAUUUAUCCUGUUUGAGUAUUGAUACUGCGACCGCUUGUAAAAAAUUAGAAUUAGCCUGUUGACAACAGAGUGAUGAGUAUGAAAAGAAAUUUGUAUUAAAUAAUAGAAAUAUGUGUUUAAUUUAUUAUUUUAUUUAGAAAUAAAAGUUUUCUGUUUGCUGUAAAUAUCCUAUUAUAUCAUAAUAUAUGCUACAUUCGUGAAAAAAUAGACAAUAUUUCAUUUAUAUUAGUUUGUACAUUGAAGAUAUUCACGAACCCUAUUCACGGGUUUUUUGUUUGAAAAUUUUGUUUUUAAAAAUCUUUUACAACACCUUUAACUUCAACGACAAUAAAAAUAUACACAACGAAAUCAAAGAAGAUUGUAUUUCAGAGAAUCUCAAAGUUUUGCAAUAUUCAAUGUAUUCUUAAAAUAAACAAAAACAAGUCUGCUGGACUUGUGUUUAACACUAACUUAAAUUAAUAAAUGUAAUCAAAAUUAAUUAAAAAAAUAAUAUGUUAGUACCUAAAAGUUACAUUAUUAAGAGAUCCAUUAUCGACAUUAAAUAAAUUUUUUUUUUUAAUAUUAGUAUCAACUGAU